UUACUCGCAGUCUGCUCCGUUGAAGUGUCGCUACCUGUUUUCCCUCUGUUUCGUGAAUGGCCCGAUUUGAUUUUCUAUUAGUUUAGUAUAUAAGUGUUUGUUAAUUAUACUAUAUCUCAGAUAUACGUUGGAGAAGUGUAGUUCACUGACAUUGUCUAACUGGAAACGCCCUUUUGUGCAUUUGACGAAACAAUUCGCCUUUCGCCGCAAAUGUUGAUCGAAGUUGGUUGUUGGUCGGUUGGAUUAAGUAUUUUCACGUUAUAGGGCCGUGAAAAGAGGAAGACAUCUUUCAACAAGAGGACUCUCUUGCUGAGCAAAGAGCCAUGGCUGCUCUACCGAAAGUUCUGGCGACAAUAUUCGUCGCCUAUUGCUGUUAUGGAAUUUCUCAAGCAGAUAACAACAGGACCUCCAGAAUACGUCGGGGUUUCAGGAUACAUCCUCACACAUACAUGACGACGGCCGAGAUGAUACGAGCUCGGGGAUACCCAGCGGAAGUCCAUCACGUCGUCACAGAUGACGGAUACAUCCUGGAGGUCCAUAGAAUCCCUUUUCAUUCACGCCUGAAUCUUAAGCAUUCUGUCCAGAAUGAGGUCGAAAAACCCAUAGAGCUACAGCUACUGAAUACCAGCGCAAGGACAGAUCAUGAAAAGUCGUCCGCCGGAGAAAUCACACACCGGGGAGAUCCAAAGGUAGUGUUUCUCCUGCACUGCUUCCUUUGCUCCAGCGCCGAUUUCGUCAUGAACGACCACGACCAAGCACUGGCUUUCGUGAUGUCUAACGAAGGGUACGAUGUCUGGCUGGGAAACAUGCGAGGGAAUAUCUACGGGAGGAGACAUACCAAGUUUUCGCCUAGCGAUACACAAUUUUGGGAAUUCAGUAUCGAUACGUGCGCCCGGUACGACGUGCCCGCCAUGCUACAAUACGUUAGAACCCAAACAGGAGUGAACCAACUAAACUACAUCGGUCAUUCGAUGGGAAACAUGCUGUUCUUCGCUAUGAUGAGUAUACAUCCUCACAUCAAUUCAUGGAUCAGAGCCAUGGCAGGGAUGGGUCCUGUUGCCUACAUGUACCACGGACACGCGCAGCUUGGGUUCCUAGCGCCAGUCACCGACAAGUUAGAACGUUCAUUAGCGAAAAAGGGGCAACUGGAAUUCAUGGCACCAACAAAUACUACGGCAAUGAUGGUCUCCGGACUGUGUUCGGAGACGAUCUUCUUCAGACCAAUAUGUCAGCUCAUAGUCGAUAUGAUCGCUGGACCCAGUUCGAGGAACGUAGAUCCGGUUUAUCUCCCUGUCAUAGCAGCGCACACUCCGGCUGGGUCAUCAUUCCGCAUUUUUGCUCAUCUUCUCCAAUUUGUUCGAGACAGAACAUUCCAAGCGUACGACUGGGGUCCGACGAAAAACCACCAAUUGUAUGGAAGUCUCAGACCUACGCGACUUGAACUCUCAAAAGUCACGGUCCCUGUUGCGGGAUUUUGGUCCUCGAGUGAUGUGCUGGCUGAUCCGAGGGAUGUCGCACGUACGUUGAGAGAGGUGUCCAAUCUUGUUCUUAACCAUCAAGUUCAGCAUAACAGCUUUAAUCAUAUGGAUUUCUUAUGGGGGGAGAACGCCAGAAGCUUGGUCUACAAACACAUCAUCGACUUCUUCGAUCAGUAUUACUGAUUCAGCAGUCUGCGAGCGUUUCUUGGGAUCAGAAAAAGACAGCAUGACAAACAAACAAACAAACAAAAAAAGGACCAACCUUUGGUGGUGCUUUCUUCGACAACAGAAUCAUGUUCGGAUAUUUUUUUUUUUUCCUUUUUAACUUGAAUAUACGACGUUCAUAGUAAGACCUCCUGAUCUGCUGUGUUAUCGCAAGUUCAAUUAAAUAGUUUCUGAAUCCUCGAUUGUUGCUGUAUUUGUGUGAAAUGAACAGGACUUUUUUUUCGAAAUGUUUAAUAUUCACUUGCCGAGCAGAGCCAGUGUAUCCUAUUAUUAGCCUGACCGUAAUGUAGACCUACAGACCUACUGUGUCUUGGAAUUUUAUUUAGAGGGUUUCAUUUAUUUGAUAGUUUAAACAUUAAGCUGUAAUAUGAAAUCCUAGCUUAUGGAAAGAAAAUGACAAAUGUUUUUUUUUUCAAAACAAUAUACAUUGUUACUUUUAAUUGCUUUUCCUUAUAAGGUCAACCACUACAGGACUUCGGAUAAAAUUUAACCAAAGAUGAUGUAACUUUAAGUAAAACAGUAGUUUUAA